CCUAAUCUAAAUUAAAUUACCUAGAAAUAUUGAUGUAAAAAAGAAAAUUUCCUGUGCUGAUCAGAUUGGAGUUUUGGGCGUGAAGAAAGUGAUUGAUAAUCAUUGAAGAUGGCCGGCAAAGUGGAGGAGAAGAAAUUAGAAGAAUGCACUGUUUCAAAUGCUUUGGGGACAUGGAUUUUCUCAGUGGCGGGUGCUCUGAUUGCGAUCCCAGUUGGAAUCAAACGGAAAUCUCUGGCACCCCUCGUGUUCUUUGGCACGACAGGUACCAUGCUCGACAUAAUCAUGGGGAUUGAUGCUUGCGAGAGGGAACACGCAGAGCGCCAGAUGAAGCUCUUGGAAGCGCAGAAUGCUGCAGCAGUCGAUUCUACUGCUGAAUCUUGAUGCACCUCCUCCUCGGCCUACUCUCUACUGUCUGUUACAAGCUGGUUUUCUCUCUAUUGUUGGCCUAACUUCUCUGUUAUCUUAGGGAGCUGAGACUGUUUUAUGUGCAGAAACUGAAUUAGCUUGAUACAUCAUUUUCUCAUGGUCAUCA